AUGGAGGACGAGAAGGUUAUCGCGAAGUUGCUGGAACAUUAUCGUCAUCCUAACAUUGUGGAGGUUGUCGACACUGAUCAUGAGGAGGGUAUUUACCUACGAAGAUACCAUACGAUAAGCCUUCACGGCUUGCCGACUUCUCAGCCUCGCCGCCUUAUGUGGUAUCAAGACAUACUUUGUGGUCUAGUGCAUCUUCACGACCUUGGUAUUGCGCAUUCCGACCUCCGACUUGAUAACAUACUCCACGAUGAAGCAGAACGAGCCGUGAUUGCCGACUUUAGUGCUGCCAGUCAGUUUGGUCAGCCGACUUUCGCACCUUCGCAGCCUAACUUUCCAGUACCAAUUAUUGGCUUAGCAAGAGAGAUAUCGGAUGCUACGGAUCGCUUCGCCCUAGGCUCACUGAUCUAUACCUGCGAAUAUGGGAAGGGACCCGAAAUGGCUAUUGUAGACGAUGGGUCGUUGAGUCUGCCACCUCUCACUGCUGGACCCAAAAGCCUUGAUGCAAUCAUACAAAGUGCAUGGCUUGGAAAAUAUGACGCUACAAGGCAGAUGCUGUUGGAUGUUGAGUCUCUCAACAUCUGUGAUGAUCUGAGCAGUCGCAGUGAUCAGCUUCAGCUUACCCCUCGAGAGCUACUAAGGGAGCGUGUAUUGCAAUGGCGAAGCAAUCGAGAGGCAGAACAUGGUUGUAUACUCUACGCACUUCCCACGGAGGAUCAAAUCCAUCAAGCGCAAUCGCCUUGA